AUGUCCAAUGAGGGCAGGCUUGGCGGAAAACUGUGGUGGGCCGACGAUGACUCGGCACAACUGGGCACGGUGACCAAGAGAGACGGACGAAACCCUGUGGUCCUUCGCAACAAGACGAGCGGAGUGGUGCACAUGAAAGUCUACGACAGAGAGGGCCAGAAGGGAAGGAACCCGUGCCAGGUAAACAACGGUGGGUGCUCACAGCUAUGCUUCCCCACUUCAGAGAACAGCCGGAGUUGCUCCUGCACCGUUGGAUACAACCUGCGCAGCGACCGAAUGUCUUGUGAAGGUGUGGAUUCCUUUUUGAUGUAUUCAAUCCACGAGGGAAUCAGAGGGAUCGCGUUGGACCCGGACGACCACAGCGAGGCCCUCAUGGCCAUCACAGGGACGCUGUUUGCCGUGGGAGUUGACUUUCAUGCAGCAAAUGACACUGUGUACUGGACAGAUAUGGGCCUAAACCGCAUCUCCAGGUCCAAACGAGAUCAGACCUGGAGAGAAGACAUCAUCACCACAGGCAUUAGCAGAGUGGAGGGCAUCGCCGUGGACUGGAUAGCUGGGAACCUUUACUGGACCGACCACGGGUUUAAUCUGAUUGAGAUUUCUCGUUUGAAUGGAGCCUAUCGUUCAGUGGUUAUUUCAGAAGGACUGGAUCAGCCCAGAGCUAUUGCCGUGCAUCCACAGAAAGGGUAUCUCUUCUGGAGCGAAUGGGGCCAGAACCCUUGCAUUGGCCGCUCACGAUUGGACGGCUCGGAUCAGGUGACCUUGGUUAACUCCGGGAUCACAUGGCCUAAUGGAAUCUCCAUAGACUACGAGGAAAAUACAUUAUACUGGUGUGAUGCCCGCACAGAUAAGAUAGAGAGGAUCAACCUUGAAACGGGAGAGAGCCGUGAGAUUGUCCUGUCAGCGGCCAACGUAGACCUGUUCUCCGUGGCGGUGUUUGGGCCCUACAUCUACUGGUCUGACAGGGCCCACUCUAACGGCUCCAUCCGUCGUGGGCUGAAGUCCGACACCAGUGACGCGAUGACAGUGAGGAGUGGACUCGGGGUCAAUCUGAAGGAUGUCACUAUUUUCAACCGAGGCAGAGAGAAAGGCACUAACCCGUGUGCGCGCAGUAACGGGGGAUGCCAGCAGCUGUGUUUCCACCUGGGCAGCGGGCGUCGCACCUGCUCCUGUGCCCACGGGCGGCUGGCAGAGGACGGGUUUGCCUGCGAGCGUUACGAAGGCUUCCUGCUCUACUCCGAAAGAACCAUCCUGAAGAGCAUCCACCUGUCGGACGAGAGCGACCUGAACUCUCCCGUGCAGCCCUUUGAGAACCCAGCGCUGCUCAAGAACCUCGGAGCUGCUGGAGCUAACAUUAUGAGACUUGUGGUGAAAUUAAGGUCAUAA